AAGCCUUUCCAUCUGGAAAAACAACACACAAAGCAACCCCAGGUCAACGUCCGCCAACGUCGUCCGAUACUUUUGCAAACAAGAGGUCUCUCGCAAUCAUGGCAGACAAGCAAGCCCAAUCCUCCAGCCCAAUCACUGACCUGGUCACUACUAGCCUCUCAGCAGCGAGCGGGAGCAUGGGGGGCUUGGUGGCAGCAUCAGGGGACGGUGAGGGACCCACAAUAGGUGACACGCACCAAGCAAACAACGGGGUUAAUCCACAUGAGUCGUUUGGGUUGACCAAGGAGUUACUGGAAGCCAUUGAUGCAGGCCGACAACGUGUGACAUCUACGGACCCAGACCACGUCAACAGCCUGCCAUUACGCAGCUACUUGGAUCAAACGGUCGUGCCGGUGCUGAUUGAGGGGUUGAAGGCGCUUGCUAAAGAGAGACCACCAAACCCAUGUGAAUACCUUGCAGUAUACCUCCUCCGGAACAGUGGGAAGACUGCUGCUACAGUGGGAGCGACCGCGCCGCCGUCGUCAUCGGUGGCUCAGCCGGCUGCUGGAGCAUCGACAACUGCUGCUCGGUAAACUUUUCUUGGCGGUCUAUAUUUAUAUAGGACUUCCCUAUUCCUUGAUCAUCAUUGAUGAACUAUGUGUUACACACAAAUGCAACCUAUCGUCUCGAUGCCGCAAUCCAAGCUUGAAACUAUAGUACCCCCAGCACCGUUCAGGUUAUAGAUGUCUCCAUCGGAAAGUCCCUCGGUUCCGUAGAAGUUGUAUUUGACGAGUAACGGUUUCCGACUGGAGAGUGCGACGCUCCAUGCUUUGCACACCAAGAGGCAGUUGCGCCGAUCCGAUGGC